CACCCGGGAGCUGCUCAAGGUUUGUUUUCCACAGAAAACUGCCAGUUGAACGCUGAAAUGCCCCAAGAUACAUAUUCUGCACCAGGGGCUUCCUCCUCAACACCCCAGGCUCCUGUCGAGAAACCGUCCGCCCCUCCCGUCAACAUCCUCCCCUCGCUGAUAUCCCGGAUCUACUCAAUUGCGCACCCAGCACUCCUUUUGGCAUUGGGCGCUACUCGUUUCGAAGCGUUGGUGACUGAUCCCACUAAGGAGCUUCUUUUCACCUUACCAUGGCUCACCCUUAUACAAAUUUUCUAUGUGAUUCUUUGUCUUCCACCCGCUGGGUCGACACCAUCAACAGAGACGAGCGCGUCCGCCCCGGCUGAUGGCAAGUCAAGUCCUCGCUCAUCUGGGCCUAGUGGCGCCGCGCGUCAUGGAAAACAUGGAAAGCGCAAGCAGCACGCCAACAGCUGGGCGUGCAUUUGGUCGCGGUUACUGCCGGCCCUCCUCUCGCUCUCUCUGACCUUCGCCUUGGCCACCCCGGUUCUGACAAUCCUUCUGGUUCUGUUCGGCGCCCCGCUCACAACGCACAAUUCCGAGACCGUCCUGUGUGCGGCCCACAUGGCCGUUCUAUCCGCGACGGCCCUGAUCUACGCCCACGGGUUGGAUCGCGCCGUGUGGAACGAGGUUUGGGGAAUUGCCCGUCCCGCUGAUGCGGUCUGGGGCAGUGCGCUCGGCACAGGCUUGGGGGCGUGGUUUGGCGCUGUUCCUAUUCCUCUUGACUGGGACCGACCUUGGCAGGCAUUCCCAAUCACGAUUCUCGUUGGGGCGUACAUCGGAUAUGGCGUUGGCUCAUUGAUUUCUCGUACUCCACUGCUUUACGGCAAGCGUGUCAAAUUCACAUCGGAGGACUUGAGUGAGACCGAAAAGAAGACUAACUAGGGGCUUUGUCGUGGAGUCCCUCUAAUUUGCGCAAUACUUCAUAUCCCUGAAGAUACAUGCCUGGCUUCUAUCAGCAUAAAAAGCUCUUACAUGACUGUCGCCCCCAGUUAUAAUUGGUUUUAGAUAUCCAAAGAAUUAAUUUGUUAAUACAAACUCCUUUAA